AUGACCAAUCAAACCCGAUUCACACUUCAACAUCAAACUCAAACUACAUUCGAUCGUCGUAAAUUGGUCGGACCAGAUUCAUCUACUCCACUUCCUACCUUUAUCUCAACUGAACCAAUCAAACAAGACAACAAACAAGACAACACUAGAUCGGAUGGUAGAACAAAUCAACAAUUCCGUCCAAUUCAUGUGAAGACUAAAGUGGUUAGUUCAGCUAAUGGAAGUAGUUAUUUAGAAACAACUGAUUGUAAACUGAUUUGUGCAGUUUAUGGUCCUAAACCACGAACAACUGCAAAUUCCUCAUCAUCCAACCUCAACAUUCAUUUCAAAUUCACUCCAUUCUCACUCUCAACUUCAUUUACUUCAUCAAUCUCCACGUUAGAAUCUAAUCUAUCUCAAGCACUUCAUCAAUCACUUGCACCUAGUCUACUCCUCAAUCCAACUGAAUUCUAUGACUUACAUCUCACCGUCUUACAAUCUCAUUCACCUCUCUCUAUCACUCAUCCAAUCUUAGCAGCUACCAUCGCAUUAGGAUCAGCAGGUGUACCGACCUUAGGUUUAGUCAUCGGUAUCUCAGCUGCAAUCUCAUCUGAUCUUGAAUUAUUAAUUGAUCCUACUUUUAUUGAAUCUCAAAAUGCUUUAGCUCAUUUAGAUUUAUCUUAUUUAACUUCAAUCGAUUCGGUCACUCAUCUGAAUUUUAGGUCUCAUUUAGAUUUCAAUCUUUCUAAAAUCGAUUUAAAUCAAUUCUUAACUUAUCUUGAUCUUGCUCGUGAUGUAACUCAAUCUUUACAUCCAAUAGCUGUUCAAGCUCUUCAAAAUGAUUUAUCAACUAAUUCUUUAAAUCAACCUUCAAUUUGA